AUGAACGCGGGCCCGCACGACAACUUUGAAGAGUCGGUCCUGUUUUACCAUGAGCGUAACUUGCGCAAUGUCCUAGUUCGGGCCUCGUCUGCGAUUGCUUAUGAUGAUGCUGAUGAUGAUGGCGACGACAAAGACGAUGCCGCCAAUGGCGAUGACAAACAUGAUCAUCUUGAUUGCACGGAUGCCCUGCUAAAAGAGCUACGCUCGCGCUUCUUCGGGGCCGGAGACGACAAGCCUCCGGGCAUCGACAAGGGCGCCGUGCCGGUAAAGCUGGAGGAUGUGGUGAUGUGGAUCUUCGACAUUCAAGAAGGAGCUGUGCCCUCCAUCAAGCGGUCCAUUUCGUUGAAGAAGCAGAAGACGGGAGAACUUGAAGAGUCAGCCGAAGAAGGCGAAGCAAUUCGGGUGCGAACGGCUGCCGGCUCCGUGGUAAUGUCCGUUCCAAGAAAGGACCUUGACAAAACAGUGGGGCAGCUGCGGAAGGAAGUGGCUGACGUUUUUCAACGCUGCAUCGAUGAAGUCAAGUUCGUGCUCGACCAGCGGCAGCUGGAGGAUGAUGAGAGAUCUCGGACAUUGCUGCGCGGUGAGGAUGUUCUGGAAUUGCUGGUCGUGACACAGCAGAUACCCCAAUUCGAUGGCAGCAUUCCUGCUGUUGAGCAGCUUUCUACGCUGAUCCUUGGUGGAUGGGUAGUCCCUGCAGCGCCCAGCACUGUCUUCCUGGCAGUUUGCCACUGUUUUUUUCCAUGCUGCAAGCUUCACAUGGCUGGCUUCGUCGAGUAUUGUUUGCGGCUGUUGCUACAAAUAAGGUCAACCUCGAUGGAGUACCAGAUUGACGCAGCCACUCACCUUCGGAAAAUUCUCAGCGUGGAGCGGGAUCCGCCGAUUGACAAGGUACUCACUCUCGGCGUCGCACCACGCCUCCUCGAGCUCAGUCAACAGAUGCUCGGACUCUUGAGUGGACGUGUGGACCCGCGAAAGACAGAUGGGCCAGGCAAAUUCGAUGUCAUCAAAGAUCUGGGCAGGAUGGAUGCACCGACACCUGGCAGCCUGAACGGACGUUCAGGGACGUUUGAGGCUUGUGGCUACCAGGGACGACAGCGUUUGAGACAGCAGCCAAGGAAGCUGCAGUUUGAGACGUUGUGGGCCAUCUUGAACAUCGUCUCGGGAGAUGUUCACCAGACGCAGGCAAUCGUCGAUCUCGACGCCGUCCCGAUCAUUACCAACCUCCUGAGAGACUGCACGAACAGCGAUGUGCUCGAGCAGGGUGUUUGGGCUUUGGGGAACAUCGCAGGCCUGGCAGCCUCUGGUUUUCUGUUCUCAGCAGUCGGGUGGAUUUUCGCCGGUUGCGGGACAGGUGUGCUCAAGGUCUUGGAGGGCACCACCAAGACUAGCUGCAUCAGGAACGCUACUUGGACCGUCUCCAACUUCUGCCGCGGCACACCGAAGCCCAGUCUCGAGUCGAUGGCUCCGGCACUGCCGGUAAUGGCUCGGGUGCUGUACAACACAGACCAGGAAGUUCUGACAGAUGCCCUGUGGACGGUCUCGUACGUCUCCGACGGUACAGAGAGAUACAUCCAAGCAGUUCUGGAUGCCGGUGUCUGUCGGAGGGUCGUGGAGCUCCUCAGCCACGACUCGCCUCAAGUGCAGACGCCAGCGCUCCGCACUGUGGGCAACAUCGUGACCGGCAGCGACACCCAGACGGAUGCCGUGCUCGCUUGUGAGCCUUUCCCGGCUCUGACCAGACUUGUGUCCAGUCCUAGAAUGAAGAUUCGCAAGGAAUGCUGCUGGCUGCUUUCGAACAUUUGUGCCGGGACUGUGCAUCAAGUUCAGCAGGUGCUGAAUGCAGGCUUCUUUAAAGUCCUGGCGGAUGCUGCCCGGGAUGCAGAGCACUCCGUGAAGAAGGAGGUGCCUGCUCUCAGUGUGCUGAGAGUAAACCCUAGACUCUAA